AUGAGAGGUGGUUCGGAUAUGGUUGACAUCGGCACGCAUAAGGCGACUGUUUUAACCGACUUGGCAGAUGAAUUGCGCAAAAUUCCUGUACAGUCAACAAAUCGACAAUGUCUAUUAUGCUUGGAUGAUAAAUUAUGUUUGAAGCUCUGCUGUACCGAUAUAUGUAAGGAAUGUUUUCCUGGAAAUUUCAUCAACUACGAUUACAAGUUGAAAUGUUAUGUAUGUUCUAAAAUUGUACCAAACGAAAAUUUUUUUAAAACCAAUGAAUUUAUCCAGUCAUUGAAAAAACUGGAUCACACAUCAGAAUUAGUCAAAAAGAUCGAUUUUCAAAUAUGUCAUUGUGGUUCGCUUGCACUCAACGAAACAAUGUAUUCAAAACAGCAAUGUCAACAAUGCAGUCGAUGGAUGUGUUUCUUUUGCAGUGCCGAUUGGGAUGAUACAAGAAUGAAAAAUCAGAAGCAUACGUGCACAGUCAAUUGUGUAUGGGAAACACGAUUAAAUUAUCAGUCGGAAUCGUGGCACGAGUCAACGCUACCAAACAGACGAUGUUGUCCAAAGUGUGCCUUAUGUGGUAGUCGCGAUGACAAGUGUAAGUAUCAUACGUGCCUUUGUGGGCACGUAUUCUGCUUUAUAUGUUUGGCUGCUAAAGCCGAUUGUGAGAAAGCUCAUCCGGGAGUGUCGUGCUAUAAUAGAUGUACAACGGAUGAUAAAAAACAGGAUUAUUCGAUUUUUCCAAGACUUAUGUCAUGA